UUUGGGCAGUGUAAGUCAUAUUGAUGUCACUCUUCACAUGUAAGUGGUCUUGUACAAAGCAGAAACUGAGCAUGCUUUAGACUUGCUUCUCCCAGACUAGAGGCUCCCAGGAGAGCUUUGAAGGCAGUGAGAGGGAUAGUAAAUGGGAGUGAGUGCUCAUUUUCCUGGUUGUAAAUUCUCUUAAGUGGUGAUGUGUCACUUGGUUUUACUUUGCACAAAAGAUAAUGAGGGGACACACACUGAGACCACUCUUUCUAAUUAGAAAUGGCUUUAGUGAGCGUUCUCCUCACAUUAAAUAAGCUGAAUAUAAAAUAAUGGAAAGAUUCAUGAAAAGGCUUUAUGAGAGCUAAAACUGUCCCCUGUUUAUAAGUGUUUUGCUGGAAAAUAUCUGCCACCAAGGAAGCCGAAUUUGUAUCAUGGAAGGGGGCUGUAAGUGUGUGUUUGACCACAUGACCGAAGCCCUCCAGAAAGCAAGUUCUUUCACCUAGCAGCUGACACAGAAAUCAGUGGUGGAAUAUGUAGCAAUGCUGUGUUUCCUGUUUGUUCUCCUAGCGUAGCACAGCAUAGUGUAGUGAAGCAUGCUGAUGUACGGCAGAGAGCACAGUGACGUCACGCACAAAGGAAGAGACACUUCUGUAGAGCAAACACUGCCUCUUGCGCAAGGCGAGCGCGUGCGUCAGACCCCAAAAGUUCACUUUUGUACCGAUGCAUGGACUGAUGCAAAAUAGAGCGCGAGCAGAAUGACACAAGCUUAGAAGCUCUGUUACUACUUAUGUGCGACCGUAAGAGGAGAGUGGAGCCAUUAUGGAAGAACAAGCAGAAAUAGAGUGAACAGAGGCUGUCGCCAAGCAGAGGAGUUCAGCAGGAUCGGCCAGUCCCAGAGUCUCUGGGAGCGCGGGCACAGCGGAGGGGAGUCCUGGCGGCUCCGGAAGCUUCAGGACGGGGAUGAACCGCAGGACCAGGGUGGAAGGUAUGUGGCUGGGUGGAGAAGACCUCAACCAAAAGGGCAGCUUCAUCCACAAGCCGUCCCAGGGCUGGCUGCACCCGGACAAGAAGAUCAGCAGCACAGGGGCGUCUUACAUCGUCAGGUACAUGGGCUGUAUCGAGGUGCUCAAAUCAAUGAGAUCUCUAGACUUCACCACUAGAACGCAGGUGACGAGGGAGGCCAUCAACAGACUGUGUGAAGCUGUGCCAGGUGGAAAGGGUGCCUGGAAGAAGAAGGCUGUCAACAAGGCCCUCCAGUCAAUCAUGGGCAAGAGUAACCUGCGUUUUGCUGGCAUGAGCAUUGCUGUGAACAUCUCUAUAGAAGGCCUGAGUUUGCUCAUCCCCACCACACGACAGGUGAUCGCACAUCACCCUAUGCAGUCCAUUUCCUUUGCUUCCGGGGGAGACACGGAUACACCUGAUUAUGUUGCAUAUGUGGCCAAAGAUCCUGUCAAUCAAAGAGCAUGUCAUAUUCUGGAAUGUAACGAUGGUCUUGCACAGAACGUCAUUAGCACCAUCGGCCAAGCCUUCGAACUACAGUUCAAACAGUACUUGCACAGCCCUCCCAAAGCCAUACCCACUGUAGACAGGAAUAUAAGGACAGAGGAGUCAGCAUGGGGUGAUGAUGAGGAGUCAUCAGAGCAUGAUUACUACAACAGCAUCCCAGGGAAGGAGCCUCCACUAGGGGGAGUGGUGGACUCGCGACUGAGGCCCUCAGGAGCCAUGCUGGGUCACGUCCACAGUCUGCCAAACACCAAAACAACACCGGUGGGGUCAGCAAUCAGGAGAGAUGCAUCCUCACUCCCUGCGACGCAGCUGUGUUAUGAAGUGCACUGGGACACAGAGAACGGCAGCAGCUCAAGUUUGACGUCUGAUGGAUAUUUGAGAGCAGAUGGGCACCCCCCUGGUAGCCGAGACUAUGAGGAGCACCUGUAUGUAAACACACAGAGCCUGGACAAUAUGGAUCCUUCAGCAGAGAGACAGGAAGGACAUCAGAGACCUGAGAGCCCCAAGAAAGACAUCUUCGACAUGAGGCCGUUUGAGGACGCUCUUCGUCUGCACGAGGCUGGUGGUGGUGUAUGUGUGCUGGAAGACCAGUGGCCGAGUCCUCCACGCCGCCGGGCCCCCGUGGCCCCCACAGAGGAGCAGCUCCGCCGAGAGGCCUGGUAUCACGGGCGCAUGAGCCGCCGAGAUGCAGAGAAGCUCCUGAUCCGUGAUGGAGAUUUCCUUGUACGAGACAGCGCCACUAACCCUGGCCAGUAUGUGCUGACGGGGAUGCACUGUGGCCUUCCCAAACACCUGCUGCUUGUGGACCCUGAGGGAGUGGUUCGAACUAAAGACAUGCUCUUUGAGAGCAUCAGUCACCUAAUCAACUACCACCUGAGCAACAAGCUGCCCAUCGUAGCAGCUGAGAGUGAGCUGCACCUCCAGCAGGUGGUCUUCAGGAAGCAUUAACCUCCACCUAAUCAACAAGCAUGGGAGGGUUAUAAUGAAGCUAGGCCUCAUGCUGUGCGGAUGAGCCUGAGGCCCCACACUUUUGCCUUAAACAUGGACUCUCGACUUCCUUCGGACGUGUGGGAUUACGCAUGGGAAUCAAAUGACGCCCCCCUCAGUUUGGCCUUCAGUUCACUCAACGCUGGCUGAAGCCCAGGGCCAGACAGACUGCGUGAUGAACGGGAGUCUGCUGUGCAUUUCCUCACACAGAUGAGUGUUUAUUAGAACUCACACUUCUCUUUUUGGACUCUGGACCAUCCAAACAAGAUGUAACCCAGAGUUUCCUGUUUAAAAAUGUGAACAGUCAAUGAUUACGCUUCUGCGCAUUCAGUGUGUUCAACGUGCUGACAUUCCGUAUCUGCCGUAUCUGUUGGGUCACUUUUGGAGUCGUGGACUUUGUUGUCUUUGACCAGGAAUUGGGCACAAGCUUCUUGUUGUGCUUGAAAAUGUGCUAUACGAUUUGUUCUCAGGAUGCAGUAUUUCAUAUGGACAUUAUAUGGACAUAUGGUGUUUCAUAAGCUUAAUAAUAUCGCUAAUGUCUGUGUUACGCUGUCUUAUCAAUACAUGUUUAAUUUAUAGAGACCUCAGGACCAAGUGCUCGGUCAUGCAAAUAUAAUAUUCUUUUUUUUGUUUUUCUUUAAAUAAAUCAUCGAUCAUUAAAUCAAUUUGAAACAUAUCAGUAAAUUAUAUCUUGUGGGCAUGGAAAUUUACAUAUCCUUCUCAAAACAAACUGAUGUACUGCAAGCAUUUCUUAUAUCAGAGGUGUUCAGUUUUAUCAGUAAAGGUUAAGCAGCACAUCUGAUUCCACUUGUUUAAUUGGUCAAUUGAUCAGUUAUUAAACAGCUGAUUAAACAUGUGCAUCGUUCUGCUCGACUGAAAUAAAGAUCUGCAGCCUCACACACACACGAUCCCCUCGCAGAUAAGACUGGACACCGCUGUCAUAUAUACACAUAGUACUUUGGGUAAUUCAGCAGAUAAAGGAUUGUGUUUGUAAAAUGAUAUACACUCUGGCCCCACAGAUUUAAAUUAUAUUUACUUUUUUAAAGUUUAAUAGUCUUGUCUGACAAUUUAUAAAAAGUUGAAAUACAAUACAUACAGUAUUUCAUUAUACAUUAUUUAACUAUAUUUUAUUUUAAAAAGCUUUGUAGUCUUUUUUUUGUUCAAAACUUUCUUGCCAUGAUUAAAGGUGACAUUAAAUCUAAAAA